UUUUCAAUUUCGAAGAAAAAUGGCUGCGCCCUCGAAAGAAAAAUUUUAUAAUUAAAACUUUACCAGAUUUUUCUGAAAUUUUGACAAAAUGACAUCAGCAGAUCUGAAGUCACUGUUCCAUACAGAAAGGUUUCCCAGAGGUGCUAUAAAGAUAGGCUUGGUUUUAUACUUUCCUUUAGGACUGUUUUUAGCCACACUUCGUGUUUUUAUAUUUCUUCAUAUGAUAUUGAUUUGUCAGAUUCUACCUCAUCGAUCCAGUAUAAGAAGGUUUGUUGUGAGGGUGAUAUCGGGCGUACUUGGAUUUUUUAUUACGAUUGAAGGAAAUAAAAAUGACAAUUCUGCAGCCAAAUUGAUAGUAUCAAAUCAUAUCUCUGUAACAGACAAUUUCCUAAUAGAUUUGUUCUUCCCUAAUGUAGCUCCCACAGAGCAAUUACCCCCAUUAUUUAUUCAGUUAUUGUCAAAGUAUAAACAGCUAUCUGGUAAUACCAGUAAAGAGGAAUUACUCAAGGAAAUCAAGAAACUUGUACAAGAGUCAAAAGUACCAGUUUUGUUUUAUCCUGAAAAGACCACAACAAACGGAACAACUGGUUUGUUAAAAUUCAGUACUGUACCAUUUGAAAUUGAUGAAACUAUAAAACCGGUAGCUGUACAGUAUAAAAGACCGACUUGCUUUGAAGUAAAUAUGACUACAUUAGAAAGUAGCUGGUUGGGUGAUAUUUUUUGGUGUUUUUUCGUGCCAUGUACGUUUUAUAAAAUCAGUGUUUUACCAGAAGUCAAAAAGAAAGAAGAAGAGAGUGUUGAAGAAUUAACAGAACGUGUGAGAUCAAGUAUUGCUAAAUGUUUAAAUAUAAAAACAACAGAAUUUACAUUCUCUGAUAAAACAGAACUUAAAAAACAAAAUCAGAGAAGAGUUACAGUUACAAAUGUUAGUUCUACGCCAUCUGCAAGUAAUAAUAAACCUAGAGUUAUAAAGCCUGUAACUAUUCAGCGUGUUUUAUCUAAUGAUCCUGUUAUAAAUAACAUGGUACAACAAGUUAAAACAGUCAUGCCACAUGUACCUUUAUCAGCUAUUUUACAAGAUAUAGAAAAAACUAAAGAUAUCGAUUUAACAAUAACUAAUAUUUUAGAUGGGAUUGUCCAGUAUACACCAGAAGAAAACGAUAACCAGAAAAAUACAGACAGCGAACAGAAACAAAAAUUAGUUUGCCCAUCCACUCAAACCUUUAAAUCGUCUACAUUUGGUCGUACAUCGAAUGACAGACAGUUAUCUUUUGAAGAGAGAAAAACGGCUAUGAUAGAAGCAGCCAGACGAAAAUAUAAAGAGAAACAUAAUCUCUCUUAGUUUCUUCCAACAGUUGUGACAAUUUGAAACUAAAUCCAUAAUUUUUAUAACUCUGGAGAUUAAAGUUAGCAGAAAUAGA